UUGGUCGCCUCGUGUCGUCUACUACCUCGUCGCCCCCUUUUUAUUCCUCCUCGGGAGAGCACAACCGCCGCUUGCCGACUCCGUCCUCCUCUCGUCUCCUCUCGACCUCUCCUCUGCUCCGAGCAUCCGACUCCGCGCGGCCGAAAGAAAAAAGAAGAAGAAUAAGCUGGCUUGAAGAUAUGGCAUCUCUUACUCCAGGGGUACUGUUAAAAGUACUAAAAAAUAUAAAUUCUGAUGUGAAAGUAUGUGGAGAAUAUCGGUCCAUUCUUCUCCAAGUUAUUAGCAUAGUUCCUGCAAUCACUGGUUCAGAACUUUGGCCAGACCAUGGUUUCUUUAUAAAAGUUUCAGACUCGUCGCACUCAACGUAUGUUUCUUUAUCGAAGGAGGAUAAUGAACUCAUCUUAUCAAACAAACUUCAACUUGGACAGUUCAUAUAUGUUGAAAAGGUCCAAUCUAGUAUCCCUGUCCCAGUUCUUGUUGGGGUUCGACCUGUUCCAGGAAGGAACCCUUGCAUUGGAAAUCCAAAGGAUUUGAUGCAGAUGUCAACUCCCACUGGGAUUUCAGAAGCAUUGGCUCAUCAACGGAAGGCUACAAAGUCAGCUGAACUGUCUGAAAGUGAAAAGGAGAACUCUCAGAGGAAGGUAGUCAUCAAAGAGCAGAAGGCAGUUGUAGCUUCACGUUACAUGCUUGGGAUAUCUAGCAACAAUAGCAAAAUUACCAAUCUAAACUCCAGCAUAGAUAGUGACAAAAGUAAUGGAGGAAGUAGCAUAUGUUCUGCAAAUCAGAAGUCAGCUCCGACAAAAUUCAAACAAGAAUCAAAACCUCAGGAACGGCCAAAUACUCCAUCUCGCAGUCCUGCUAAGAUAGUUUCUGCAAAACAAGAAAUUAACAAGGACACACGCAAGACUAGCGCUUCUUCACCCAGUCAGAAUGGCUCAGCUGUAGUGAAGAAGCAAAUGUCAAAGGACAGCAAAAAGGAGUCUGCAUCUGAAAAAAACUCACCACCAAAGCUUUAUAAGACUUCACCACCAACACCAACACCAACACCACCACCGCCUGCAAUGACUUCACCACCAAAGCUCAAUUUGGCAGCAAAGCCUAAUGGUACUUCCGGUACAGUUACUUCUACGCCGACUGUUAAACGAAGAGUUACUGAAACUGUCUCCUGGGACUCUCUUCCAACAAGUCUAAUCAAGUCAGUAAAGGUUGUUGCAAGGAGGAAGACUAUUGCUCUUGUAGUAGCAGCUGAGGCUCAAAGGGAGGCUACUGCAGCGGCCUCACUUCUUAAAGGCCUUGGAAUAUUCGCUGAGAUCAGAAAGUCCGCUGAGGAGGAUCCACAUGCUGCAAUUACCAAGUUUUUUCAGCUAAACCGGCUUAUCAUUCAGCAAAGUGUUUUUUGGAAAGAUUACUCAUCAGAGCCUGUCAAAGAAUCUCGGCCAGAGAAGGAAAAGCCAUCAAGGAAAGCCUCUGCAUCUCAGAACAAAGCUGUUGCAGGUAGUACGGCAAAGAACUCUGACGAUGCUUACACAAGUGAAAAGAUUGACUGGGCCAGAGAGGAUGGUUUCAAGGAGAUCUCCAGAUCAUGGAUUAUUCUAAAGAAAGAAUCACAGUCAUGGUUUCUCAGUUUCUUGGAAGAUGCUCUUGAAGCUGGAUUCAAGUUCGAGGGCCAAAACAAGAACACCAGAGAACGAGUAAGAGGGCACUCCAAGGGCGGAGACGGGCAAAUCGCGGUUCGGUUGUCGCAACUGAAGGAGACGAGUAACUGGCUCGACCAGUUGCAUAGUGAGGUUGAUAAAUCUCAAGAUGCUUUGGUUGAAACCAUUGAGCAGCUGAAGCAGAAGGUGUACACCUGCUUACUUGGGACUGUCGAGACUGCGGCAUCAGCACUUGAAGCCAGGUAGAUGCUGUCACAGGAGCUCAGGGCUGGUUGUGUUUAUUUUUUGGCUUGGAACCAGCUGAAGGGAGUACUCUGCUGUAACAGAACUGCAACACACAAUAUGAUCGAUCCUGAUGCCAAGGAGAGUGAAGGAAUCGAUCAUCUAAGUUAUUUAUUCCACUUGUACAAGAUGACGUAGGGAGUGAUUGAGGUGUAAAUAGCCGCUGUGUGUGUGUGUGUGUCCAUUUUAAGUUAUGCAUUAAUUUAUUCAUUUUGGGCAGUGGUCAUGUUGCUGUUGCGUGUUGGCAAAUCUCCGAUACUCUUCAUGUUUGCUCAAUACGAAGUACAAAUCUGAAAGCUUUGCAAUUUUCACCUUGCAUCAAAA